AUGUCCUUCUCAGAAAUUCUACAAUUUCUCCACCCUUCAACACCUAACCACAUAUUAUCCACAGCCUUACAACUUUUGUUAGAACUAGAAGAAAAUUAUUUUAAAAAUUUAUCCAACAACGAAAUUUUUUUAUUUUUCCAAAAAAUUGCUCAAUUCUUCUCCCCUUCCCCAACAAUUUCUUCUUCAAAUUUAAUUUUAUUAUUGUCAAUUUUAAUUAAUUUAACGGCUAUUAAAUCCUCUCAAUUUUCCCCUCUUUUAAUUAAUUCUAAACAAAUUAUUUUAAAAUUGUCCAAAUUUUUGGAGGAGGAGGAGGAGGGGGAAUAUUCUACUUUUACUGCACAAUUAUUUGUUAAUAUUUCGAGGCAAUUUCCUCAACAAUUUGUGGAUAAAUUGAAUUGUUAUGAUGAUGAAUUUGGCUCUAAAUUGAUUGGUUUAUUUUUUAAUUUAAUUUUUGGGUAA